AUGACCUCUAGAAUUAGAGACUUUGUGAGGAUGAAUCAUCCUAUAUUUAUUGGCUCUAAAGUGGGAGAGGAACCCCAAGAGUUUAUAGAUUCGGUGUACAAGAUAGUGCAUGCUAUGGGAGUGACAUCUAGGGAGAAAGUGGAGUUGGCUUCGUAUCUAAUGAAAGAUCUGGCUCAAGUGUGGUACACACAAUGGAAAGGCAAUAGGCCGGAGAAGUUUGUUCCUAAUGAGUGGGAAGAAUUUAAGGAACAUUUUCUUGGUAAGUACUUUCCCAGUGAUAUAAGGGAAUUUAAAGUAGAGGAUUUUAUAAAUCUCAAGCAAGGCAAUAUGAGUCUUGAGGAGUACUCUUUGAAGUUUUCUAAGCUGUCAAAAUAUGCCCUCUCUCUUGUAUCAAAUCAAAGAGAUGAAAUGAGUCAUUUUGUGACGGGUGUGGCUGAUUUAGAUGAUCAUAAGGUAAGAAAUAGUCCUAUCAUUGCGGAUAGAAGAAGAGAGAGUAAGCAAGUUCCUCCUAAUGUUUCAAAGGAGGAUGUUCUAAAGGAAAAGGCUCGUUUCUAUGCACACCGGGCAAGACGAUCAAAGCCGGAUGAGAAUGAUGAUGAUUAUGAAGGUUAUAAAAUGUCAUACGGUCAUGUUUGUGUUGAAAAAGAGUGGGCGAAUAGCCCCAUGCACCAUCCAACAGUCAUUGUGAAAGGACCAUAA